AUGCAGUACGGAAGGAAGCAGAAUCUGAAGGCUCGACUGCAACAGUACUAUGUGGAGAACGUGAAAACAAAAGACAAGAAGUGUCGUGUGUCUUGCACUGAUCAGACAGGAGGAAUGGAAGGAGGGAAGGAGGAAGGGACGGACAAGAGACAGUUGGAUGACCGGUCGAAAGAACUCCAAUAUCUAAUAUGGGUUGAUCGAAAAUUUUCGAUUUGGAUCUGUCAAGUGAUUGUUGCAUUUUUAAGCAUACUGCAAACGAUCAUCAUAUUUUUCCUGAGUUACAAAGGUAGCACAUUUCGAGUUGUUUUGAAAUUGCAUUUUCUACUCGAAUUAAUAACGAGCAUGCCAUUAAUUGCUACGAUAUUCGUACCACUCGGGCGAAAACUUUAUGUGCCAAUAUUUCUGAAUUGCUGGCUCGCUAAAGAUGCUCUACAAGCAAUUAUGCAUGAUUCAAAUCGGAUUUCAACUUCAGUAGGACGGUCAGCUUUGGUUCGCCAAAUGGUUAUUUUAUUUUCCACCUUACUGUGUUUGGUAUUCAUGGGCACAUGUGGCAUUGAACAUUUACAGCGAUCUGGUGAACGACAGUUUGAUCUUUUCACUUCAUUUUACUUCGUUAUGGUCACUUUCUCCACUGUCGGUUACGGUGAUUACUAUCCGGAAACAUGGAUGUCCAAACUUUUCGUUGUUGUUCUUAUAUGCAUUGCGUUUGCUAUACUUCCCAAACAGAUCGAAGCACUUGGCCAAACAUACGUGGAACGGCAGAAAGCAGGUGGUGAAUAUACCGAAAAUUGGGCCAGUAAUGAGAAGCAUGUGGUUGUGACGGUGACACACCUGGAGGCUCAAUUUGUCCGAGAUUUCCUCAGUGAAUUCUAUGCCUAUCCUGAACAUCAGAAUUAUUUGGUAAUCUUACUCUCACCAUGUGAAAUGGAUGACCGGAUGCGAAUGCUUCUCAAAAUACCAAUGUGGUCUACCAGGGUAUUGUAUAUCCGAGGUUCUGCUCUCAAGGAUGACGACCUGGAAAGAGCAAAAAUGGCUAAUGCAAAGGCAUGCUUUAUCUUAUCAGCAAGGCAUAUCUAUCACAAAACGAAAGCGGAUGAACACACAGUCUUACGGUCAUGGGCAGUAAAAGAUUUUGCUCCAAACGUUCCGCAAUAUGUACAGAUUUUCCGUCCGGAAACAAAGUUGCACAUAGAACACGCUGAAUUUGUGGUUUGCGAAGAUGAAUUCAAAUAUUCUCUUCUGGCAAACAACUGCAUCUGUCCGGGGAUUUCAACAUUCAUCACACUUCUCAUGCAUACUUCUGGUGGAAAAGAAGGUCAGAAAUCGACGGAAGCUUGGCACAAAGUUUACGGAUUUCAUUCUGGCAAUGAAAUUUAUGAUAUUAAGAUUGCAAACAGUCAAUUGUUUAGUGGAUAUAUUGGGAAAUCGUUCAUUUACGCGUCUUUUCAUGCUUAUCAAACAUAUGGAGUUAGCCUGAUCGCAAUCAAAUCAGAAGGACCGUUUGAGAGAAUCCGUCUCAAUCCGGGUCAGCAUUACUGCUUGAACUCUACAGACACUGCAUAUUACAUGGCGCUGACUAAUGAAGAACAAAAGACCAAUUUGACUGCAACGAUCACAAAUAUUGGAACCACGCUUGAUCUACGUGAAAUAGAAGAGAACGAGUUAAAAACGCGCAGUAGACGGAAACGACUUUCGCAUGCUAAAAGAAAUAAUGUCGAUGAGCAGUUGCGGAGCAUAAAUGAAUCAUUUGAUCGAGAAUUUAGUAUUGGCGAGGUGUUGGAAACAACCAUUGAAUCGGACGAAUCUGACGUGGAAUCACAGCUUUGCACAGUUUGUGCUUCUCAAGAGGAGUGUAUUGUCGGAAAGACAGAGAUAACGCAUCCACCGCUGGCCUCGUACAUUGGCAGUGGAUUCACCAUGUGUCACAUACUUAAAGAGAAAAGACUGAAUUGUUGUCUGGAAAUUGCUUCUGCUUGUGAGCACUGUCUCUUCCGGACGGCGAAAGAGUAUCACUGGAGUAAUCCGGCAGUAAUUGUAGCCGCUGAUCGGACCUGUUUCGGUCUGUACAAUUUGAUUAUACCUCUACGCGCUUAUUAUCGUCCUGCACACGAACUUCAACCUAUCAUAUUUCUGCUUGAAUUGCAGGAAACUGAAAGGCAAUUGCAUCACUUGUUUACAUUGCCUUCAAAAAUUGAAGACCGAUGGCGUGCGCCGAAUCCGUCGUUUUUAGAUGUGAUCGCAUGGUUUCCUCUCGUCUAUUGGAUGCAGGGCAAAAUAUCAAACUUGGAUAAUCUUUUGAAGGCAGGCGUUUGUCUAGCGGACAGUGUAGUUGUUGUAAAGGAAGGUGCAACAGCGGUCGAGGAACAUUUGGCUGAUUGCACCACAAUUAUAACAGUACAGAAAAUACACCGGAUGUUUCCAAGACUACGUAUCAUCACGGAGCUUACUCAUGCCAGCAAUAUGCGUUUCAUGCAGUUCGAUGCUGACGAUCAGUACGCUCUUCAACAGUCCAAGUGUGAAAAGAAGGAACGGAAGCAUGGAUCGUCAAUCCCAUACAUGUUUCGACUGCCAUUUGCGCAAGGUGGUGUUUUCUCCGCAAAUAUGCUUGAUCGUCUACUAUACCAAGCACAAGUCAAAAAUUACGUAGUGGAUUUCAUUCGAUUACUGCUUGGCAUUGACCAAUCUGAAGGCUCGGGAUAUCUGACCAGCUUCAAGAUAACAUCGGAUGAUCUCUGGAUAGGAACGUAUGGUCGACUCUAUCAAAAGCUUUGUGCAUCCGUUGCUGACAUACCGAUCGGAAUAUAUCGAACGAUGAUAAUGGAUGAUGAAGUGAAAUUGAAAGUUGCAAAAGAUGGUAUGAAAGGGAGCAGAAGGACCAAAAAAAUGAAUAUCUCCGAUUUGGUGCAUUGUAGAAUGCAGAAAUUGGGCAUACCCAUCGAAGAUUAUGAAUAUGAUGAGAAGUUGGGCACAAUCUCCUAUGUAAUUAUUAAUCCGUCGUUUGACAUUGUUCUUGAAGCUGGCGAUAUCGUAUAUGUUAUAAAAGCACCAAUAAGCGGAAAUGUUGCCAACCAUGGACGCACGAAUCCGCGGCGAGGUCUACAGCGACAGAAAUUCAUUGCUCAAACGGCUCUGCUCAAUAUGGCAUUGGAAGAGAGACCGAAGAGCAAAGAAGAAAGUUAA